UUGCGAGAUCCAUUUAAAGGAAUGUUUAGGAUCUGUCUGAAAUUACACAGCUUCUGUGUGGGCAUUGGCACUGUCACAGCUAAGGAUAAGUCUAGCCAGCCCAUAACCCAUAGGUCUAAUAUUGGAAACAUCAUUACAAACUCACAGCCCUACCUUGAGCUGUAAAUAGACAAACAGAGUAAAAUUGGGAUAUGGAAAAGCUGCUUUGGAACAUGAGUUGUCUGUGGGAAUUUUUAAAUGAUGAUUCAUUGGGUGUUGUGUUAUUAAUUCAUGAGGAGGUAUAACUUUGUUAUAACAUCAAAUCAAAUUGGUUGAAGUCAUUUCAUAUGACUUGAUUGUCAAACAAGGUAGAACAAUUGAAGUAAGCGUACAAAUGAUUUAGAAUAGCCCUUUAUGUCAUUAGUGAUCAGGCCUAAUCACUGUCUAUUUACUGAAAGUUGUGCAAAAAAAUCUGAAGUUCAGGAAGUUGUCAGCUGUUUAAAGGUCAUGACAGCCGCACAGCUGCUGUGUUCAGAUGAGAGAGAAGGGACGUUGCAUGUGGCGUCUAUUACGCAUGUGGACACCGUGUACGGAGAUAAAAUAGGUCCGUGUGGACGAAGAGGAUUUCAUCACAAGUGACCAGGGAUCUUGACAGUCACACAGCAGAGUAACCAUGCCGAGAUCAUUUUUGGUGAAGAGUAAACGAGCACAUAGCUACCACCAACCACGAUACCUGGAUGAUGACUACAUUAGAAUGGAUACUAUUUUAGCCCAUAUAUGCGCAGAAAGCAAAUUGCAGGUUGAGUUUGAGGGGAACUGUGACGCGCAGGUUGCACCUAACCUCUCCCCCGAAUCCCGUCUGGUGCACACGGCUGACCACUCGCCCAUCUACCCGCUGAGCUGCGAGGGCAGCGUGUGCGACCGCUUCUCGGACUAUGACGACUACUGGCGCCCUCCAUCUCCAUCUGCAUCACCAGAUUCGGAACAAUGCUUCACUCCGUCAGCAGACGACGCUCACCAUUUCGCCAUUCCUUUUCGCCCUUACCCAUGGAUUGCCUACUCUGGCUCCGAGCUCCGGCACCUUGUGCAGCGAACAUAUCAACACAAUCUCCCCACAACCCUGGAGCCCGACAUACAGAUGGGCCUCUAUGGAUCCGAGGAUGGUGCCACCAACUCCCUCAUUUACGCACAGAGGGGCCCACACACUGGAUUUUAUAGGGACUUUGGGUCGACGGUGUUCCCUACCUAUAGAAUGCGGGACGCCGACCAGUUAUAUUCGGACCUCAAGCUGAAGACCAAGGCCUCUGAAAUUAAGUCUGAAUCCGAUCUCAUCUGUUCCCGUAUAGAACCAAGUGGAUCGUACAAAUGCAUCAAGUGUUGCAAGGUAUUCUCGACGCCGCACGGGUUAGAGGUUCACGUUCGUCGGUCGCAUACCGGUACUCGCCCCUUUGCCUGUGGAUUGUGUGGGAAAACGUUUGGGCAUGCAGUGAGCCUCGAACAACACAAGGGCGUUCACUCACAGGAGAGGAGCUUCAACUGUAAAAUAUGUGACAAAAGCUUCAAGCGCUCGUCCACGCUGUCCACGCACUUGCUUAUCCACUCGGACACGCGGCCCUACCCUUGUCAGUACUGCGGGAAGAGAUUCCAUCAGAAGUCCGACAUGAAGAAACACACCUUUAUCCAUACAGGUGAGAAGCCGCACAAGUGCCAGGUAUGCGGGAAGGCCUUCAGUCAGAGCUCCAACCUCAUCACACACAGCCGCAAGCACACAGGCUUCAAACCUUUCGGCUGCGGCCUCUGCGGCAAAGGAUUCCAAAGGAAAGUGGAUAUGAGGAGGCACAAGGAAACACAACAUGGAUUGAAAUGAAAAACUGUCAACAACGAAAAACUGUGCUGGAGAAUUGUAUUCUUUUAAUACAUGUAGCGUAAAUCUGUCCCUUUCAAAAUACGUUUAUGUUAUUCUAUCAUUGCUUGGCUAUAUGCCUAAUUGUUUUCCUUCUUGAAUUCUUGUUUUGAAAAUUAAACAUGUAUUUAUUAAAUAGGCCUAUAGAUUUUCAUUAGCUACAGGCCAAAUUCUGAAUAUCAUUUCACACAACAAAAUACAGGAUUUAAAAGUUUUGGUUGUGAUCCACAAGGAUUGUAUUUGCGCAUAAUUUGUUUUAGCCUAGCCUAUCGGUUUUCUUCUCGAGAAGAAACCGGCUGGUUAAAUGCUAUAGCUUAGUAGGCUAUUUAUCGGAACAUUUUAAUAUUAAUGCCUGUUUAAUUAAUUAACGCCUUUAAUUAUCCAACAGAUUAUAAAGUCGCUUUAUAAUCUGCUGUGUAUACCGAAUCCAUGAGUUUAUGAAUUUAUGCUCUUUUGUCUGAAUAUACAUUUGAAAUGUU